CUCAUUCUUACUCUCAUAUCUCACUCUCACAGAUCUCACUCCCUCUCACUCUCUCACACACCGCUCAUCUCUCUCGCAAUCGAACAUCGAUCUACAUUCCUUGGUCAAACAUCGAUCUCUGUCGCUCUAGGGCUUUGCUCUAGCUGUUCUUCAUCGAACUCGAACUCGAACUCGAUCUGUUCUUCAUCUCAGAUCAGAUCAUUAUCAUUCUUCGAUUCUCUUCUUCUCUCUUCGAUCUCUCUGCAAAUCUCUCUCUCACUCUAAACUCUGUUUGGAUCUAUCUGUGUUCGAUCAUGGAGAUGGAACGUGUGAUCGAGUUUCCACACGCGCACAUGGAUCGUCGUCCCAGAAAGAGACCACGUUUGGGUUGGGAGGUUGCUCCUUAGGCCCUUAAGGUAUCAAAUCUGUUCUCUAGAUCUCUAAUUUCAUAAUUUUUUUUCUUCUUUUUUUUGGUUCUGUUUUUUGCUAGAUCUGGUUGAAAUUAGAUACGUGGUAGAUCAGGUAUGAGAAAAGGUUUAUGCUUUUAUAAAUCUGUAAAUUUCAUGGUAGAUCGGGUUUGGAUAAAGGUUUUUUUUUUUUAUGUAAAAUCGAUUUUUAUGUAUGAUCUGUAAGUGUCUGUCUUUCUUGGUGGAGAUGCGAAGUUACUUGAGCUAGAAAAGCUUGUUCUUCCUCUUUACUUGAGCGUAUAUCUUCGGGAUUGUUCGAAUCCUUCUGAUCUAAAUCGAUCUAGGGCUCAAGGUAAGGGUUUUCUGACUUGGAUUCGCUAAGUUCACUCAAGAUCUGUAAAAUGUAGGAAUUAACCUAUGUAAGUGAAGUAUAUAUUAAUUAUGUUGUACAGAAAUGUUUGACCGAGGAAUGUAUGCUGGCCUGGUUGGUUGGUUGGUUUGGAGGAGGAGAAAGUGAGUUUGUUGUUGGAAUAAGGUCAGCCUUGGUGGGAAGGGGACUUGUUGCAUUAAUUUAUGCUGGAACUGGUAUAGUUGAAGGAAGUAAUUCAUCUUUAGAAUGGGAGGAACUGGAGCUGAAGACAUCUCAGGAUGCUAAUGAGGAGUCAAAGUCCGUUACAAAAGCUUCAUCCAUGAAAGCAAUCAAAAAGCGAAUGGAGAAAGAUGUUGAUGAAGUGGGAAAGAUUGCACGAAAUGUCAAAACAAAAUUAGAAGCAAUAAGCAAAGAUAACUCAGCCAAUCGACAGAAACCUGGAUGUGGAAAGGGAACAGGUGUUGAUCGAUCAAGGACAAAUAUGACAAAUGCGUUGACAAAAAAGUUCAGGGACCUAGUGAUUGAAUUCCAGACUCUGAGACAAAGGAUCCAAGAUGAAUACCGUGAGGUCGUGGAGCGAAGGCUCAUAACAGUCACAGGAACCAGACCAGAUGAAGAGACAAUCGACCACCUGAUAGAAACCGGUAACAGUGAACAAAUAUUCCAGAACGCUAUUCAAGAAAUGGGAAGAGGGCAGGUGCUGAAUACCGUGGAAGAAAUUCAGAUAUUUCCUGAGUAG